ACCUGAUCUUUACCAUAUGAUGACCUGGUAGAUUAUAAUUAAUAUAAUUUUGAUAGCCUCCAUGCUUUCCAUCCAAAAUUACAGUUUUGCUAUCAACUUCAACGUCAUGGAUUUAAAACCGCAUUUGGGAUUGUUCGGUAUGCACCGAACAUGCCGGUAGUUUGCGUCUGAUCAUCCCACGUACUAUUUUCUCCCAGAUUAAAUCCCCAGACAGCUAAACUGGCAAGAAAUGCAGGUCUUUCCCAUAGUAUAUAAUUUAUUACAAGAGCGCCGUGCCACGUUUGUAAUGCAUGUAUCUAAAGGACUAAACAGAACCUGGCUCACAUAAAAUAGAAAUGAUUUUGUUGAUACAGUUAGACUAUAGACUGCGAAUGAUAAACAGAUGAGAUCCGGACUCAGAUAUGUCCAUUUUCGUUUUUUGGAACUGCAGUCAUCCUGCAGGUGCAGGUUUGCUUAGAAGAGCGAAAUACCUCCUUAAUUAAAGCAUAAUCAUUGCGGAAUUUCGGGAAGGUUACUGCCUGCCUCUCCUUCCAAAACAAACAAGUCAGCUGGAUUAGGUGGUCCAUGCUUUUUUUGUCAUCACAAAAGACUAUUUGCGACUGCUUUGUCAGUUACAGUACCCCGAGGCGUGCAUGGGCAACGUGUCUUUAAUUAAGGCGCAAUGUAAAACACGCUCUUCCAGCGGCGAGGCGUUUGAACGGUUCAUGGCUUCAAGAUCACAGCUGCAAACCGCGACUGAUCGAAGAAGCAGCGUCGGAAAACACCGUUCCUCUGUUUGUCUUAUUUUUAAGUGAACACCCGGGUUUUUGAAGUGAUGGUAGGCUAUGUCUUCAUCUAUAAUAGAAGGGCCAGGUUCUCAUCAAGAGUCGUACUUUUUCUGGACUCUACUGUUCACUAUGGUCACGCACUAGACAUAUGUAGCCUAUAUUGAUUCACGAAAUAGGAUGAAAUGUAGAUAACGUGGUGAAAAAAAUCCGAUAAAAAGCAUAGUUUAAUUUUAAAAACAAAACUGCAUUACCACUAUUAGUACAACCAUUGUCUCGCUGUUCUUUUCAUUCGGUAUUUCUGUGAUGACAACAGUUUAAGUGACGGCGUGGAUUCCUAGUACAAAUAGGUUAAAGCCAGCAGCAACUUAUUAAAAUAGUUUCAUUCUGCCGUUUUUGUUUUUGAAAUUAUUAAAACAAUGUUCUUAGGCAUUUUGGUGCCCCAUAAAUAGCUUGUCCACUACAUGAUCAAAGAGAUCCCAAUGAGUACGUGUUUCCAUCUGGCACCACUUUAUAGGGUGCAGAUCAGCCGUUAAGUACUACAGCUGUCUUGUUUGGGAUUAUGUGCGGGAUCUGCUUGAGUUAUCUGUCCCCAGCCUGCAUAGUGCAGGAAUUGUCUACAGAUUGCAUAUCCGUUUCGCGCCUGUCCACAAACACGCCACUAUACCCAGAGAAGAUAGGUGAUGUAAAGCUCCGUCAGACAUCUCAGUAGUGUUAGGGCAUCGCGGAAAUGGUGGAAUUUUACGAUACCAUUUCAGCAUUGCCUGGAUAAAUCCAUUCCAGGACUGUGGAGAAAGACCUCUGCAUGGUGCUAUCCCAUCCCAUCUGGGCCACCCUCUCCAACCCAUCAAUCACAACAAUCCAGAAUUCACUCUAAAGCUUGAGGUUUUCCAUGUCAGACACUACGUACCUCCCACCUUAGGCUAAUGCAUGCAGCCCUGCCGUGUGUGGAUGCUGUGGACAUGAGGACACCAUCGCCUGCACUUUGCACUCUUAGGCGGCUCCUUGCGAGCACGAGAGGGGUGACUGUGGGAAAACUGCGCUCACCAGAUUAUCUCAUUCUGGACCAGUGGUAUCGCAGGAUCACUUCCUCCAUUUGCAGUAUCCUUGAGUUCAUAAGCCUGGCAGUGGGACUGGUCAGCAUCCGAGGGGUGGACGCUGGACUCUACCUGGGCAUGAACGAGAGGGGUGAACUCUAUGGGUCGAAGAAGCUGACUGCAGAAUGUGUCUUCCGGGAACAAUUUGAAGAGAACUGGUACAACACCUAUGCAUCCACGUUGUACAAGCAUGCGGACAUCGGCCGCUACUAUUACGUGGCUCUGAACAAGGACGGUUCACCCAGGGAGGGGGGCAGGACUAAAAAGCACCAGAAGCUCACCCAUUUCCUGCCACGGCCUGUGGAGCUCAAAAAAAUCCCCCAGGCUUAUAGAGACCUGUUCCAGUACAGGUGAUGAGGGACCCUGCUCUGGGAAGAGGGCUUGGGGGAGGGGGAGGCACGGACAAGGGGGACUCAGGAUAUUCUCCCAUUGCUCCUCACCUGGCGGUGUUUAUGUUUGUAUUCUGGUCCUAACGACACGCACUCACUAGCGGUUCCUGAUAUAAACAUUGCGUGCGGGUGUUCCAGGACGUAUCCGCUUCAUUUUUUAUUUUUUUCUUAAAUGCUUCAAGCUACAGAAGGAGAAGGACAUGCUUUUAAGUCGCAGACGCCAGCUGAAGCCCCAGUAGCAUUAGCAAAGAUCUUCUGGCCAUGGAACCGUUUUCAGUGCAAACCGAGCUAACAGCUGAAAUGGCUGGAUCAGCUGUUGGGGAAUCUAUUUCGGGGGCCGUUCUCUGAGGAUGAGGGACCGCACUGGAGAAGGGGCCCGAGAACCCAAGGACGGCUCCUCUCAGUGUCGUAUCCCGUCGCCCAGCCCCAGGCUACAGGUGUGCGACUCUCGACUCCCACGUCAUGCAGCGGUCAGUGACUCGGAUGCCUCCGAGGGCCCAGGUGUGGGCCGGGGUGCAGCCUGCCAGAACCCACUCAGAAGUGCCCUUGGCGUCCCUGACCGCGUCCUUCCGCUUCUCACUAAAUCGCAAGCACUGAAAUUUCUGUGAAGGUGGACUUCGGGCCUCACCAUUAGCUGGCAUCGCAAAGCAUGAGGGAUCUCGCACUUAGCUUCCCGAAUGCACUCUGCACAAAAGGUGCACGGCUCCGGUUUGGCCGACAAGGAAUCAAAACAGCUUCCUGGUUACCGCAAUGCCCCCACAGCUUCAUUUACAAGUGCAACGAAAUUAGCUCGACCUGAAAGAUGAAAGGCAGCCCUCCCUGUUUUCUGAACUGGCGAACGACAAUCAACAGUUACUCAUGAGCAGUAAAGGGGGGGGGGGGGGGGGGG